AUGCGAGAGGCGGACUGCCACAGUCACGGCCGCAACAUUCCGCGCAUUGAGGCGCUGUACGACGCGCUGCGCUGCGGUUUCGUCCAGCCGCAGCUCGACGCUGGCAUCCCACCGUCCGAGCUCGUCUCCGUCGUGCGGAUGCAGGACAGCGCGGAUAUCCUGCUGCAGUGUGCGCCGUUUGCGGAUGUCGCCGACCUGCCACAUUUGCAGCCCGCUUCACACGGCAACUACCUUCCGGCCCUCGCAAAGCUGCAUUCCCUCAUCCAGACGGUGGAGGCCGCCCGCGCGCAAGGCAGCGAGGCUGGACUGCCGGUGCCACCGACCAUGAGCACCUGCGUGCUGUUUCUCUCCGAUGGCCGGCCCUCCGAUGUUGUUCUUGCGCGGGACCGCAAGAGCGAGACACGGGACCCGCGCCUUGUCAGCACGGCCGUCUGCUCCAGCGUGCGUCGGCUGUGGUACAUGCUGAACGAGCGUGAGCGCGCGGCGUCGACGUUCCGAUUCGUCUGCGUCGGCUUCGGCCGCGAGGACUUUUCGGUGUUGCGGAAGAUGGUAGAGGACCUACCCAAGUCGGUCGGAAUCUUUCGCGAGGCCACGCUCGACGAGGGAUCGCUGCUCGACUCGCUGGCGACGUUCAGCGAAACGGUCACCUCGACUCGGCUCACGUCGACGGGCGGCGGACCCCGGGUCAUGCGAGCCGUCGAGAAGCUCAUGCACAGCGAGGACGGGACUCUGGUCGCCUUCUCUUGCUAUCGCUGCGAGGUCUACCACGUGCCGGCCACCUGGUCGGCCAACAUCGCUAAGGGCCAGCUGAGCAAGAAGCGGCGCGGACAGAUCCAGCCUGUGCCAGGAGAUCGGCUCGCCGCCAUCUCAGAUGGCUUCUUCGGCUCGGGCGGCGAGCGGAAUGUCUUCCACAUGCGACUCGCCACGCGCCGCUCCGGGCCGCGGCUGGACGAGAAGCAAAUGUCGUUGUUCGACUUCGCCGUGGUCCGCGACGAGGCAGGCGAGAAGGUUCGGAUUCAAGGGCUGACCGGAGCGGCGACGCAGGAGCUGAACGGCCUCCAGGGCACCCUCCGCGCGCGAGUCCUCGAGACAGGUCGCUUCUCGGUGGAGGUGGAGGUGAAGGUGAAGGAGCAGGGCCCAUCGUUUGAAGACCGCUUGAAGGGGCACUUGAAGGGGCAGGCGGCCUGCACCGAGCGCACGGAGCUCACCAAGCGCAAGGUGCUGGCUCUCAAGCCCGAGAAUCUGGUGGUGUUGCGCAGCGCAGCGAAAGGCGACACGUACCUCGACUGGGAUUGGGCAGAGGAAGCCUAUGUUGGAAAGGAGAACAGGCGCGUCGAGAGCACCGUGGAGCGGGAGGUCGAGUUCCACGAGCGAGCUCUGCUGACACAGGCUUCGGCGGCGGCGCUGGCAGAGGAGUUCAACCGCAUCGUUGCCCAGAAGAAGCUCCCGCACAACGUACCCAAGGUGAGCUACUUGAGCGAUUGCCUCUUCAUCCAGGCCCAGCUCGACCGUGUCGGCAGCACCCACCUCAAAGGCCGGUUCUUCUUUGUGGAGCGCCUGCUGCUCGGCAAGUAUCGCAAGUGGAACACAAACUUUGGGACCGUGAGCCGCAAGACGAUUUCUUCGCAGAGAGAGGCCUCUACAGUGGUGCAGGGCGGGCUCGGAGGUAUCGUCGAGGAGGAGGAGCAGGAGGAGGAGGCGGAGGAGGAGGAGGAGGUUGACAACAGGCGGCGAGGAUCAGAUGGCGGGUGGGUGAACGAGCCGACGGCAGACGACGUGCCUCAGGCCUUUUCGCACUGGACCCACACCAAGAAGAUGCAGGGCGGUCGAGGCGAGCAGGGUGGGCGCGUCAUGGUGUGCGACGUGCAGGGGACCUUCGACGUGCCGACCAACACCUUCUCCCUCUCCGACCCGGUGAUCCACUCAGACCUCUCCAGCAGGAGAGACAGCCACCGCUCCUCGAGCUUUGGCCGCACCGACCGCGGCGAGGCGGGCAUCGAUGACUUUCUCAAGACGCACAGGCGGAGGCCGCGGGACUGCCACACACUCGCCGGGUGCAACCCCUUGUGCAAGCUCCUCGGGCUCCCCGCGAAUUUGCGGUUUGACCCUCGGGCGAGUGCUGUGAGCGCUUCGGAGCACUCGGAUUUGCUCGACUCUUCGCGCAACACGUCGGCCUACACAAUGCACAAGACGGACCACGCGAGCCAGCGCGGGCGAGAGCGCAGUUUCACGACGCGAGAGUGCCAGGCGGCCGUCAAGCACGGUGCGAAGACGCCGCUGCGCGAGGGGAAGGUCGCUCACGACCACGACGGGUUGCGUAUCGUGACAGACGCCACGCACAAGAUAGCUGUGACCGGCUUCCAGCGCGACGAUCCCCUCGCCUCGAACGCCCGGCCCGACCUGCUCAAGACGCAGCUCUGUUCGCGGUUCCAGCGCGACGGCUGCUGCGCAAAGGGGGCCAACUGCUGGUUCGCGCAUGGAGUGGGCGAGCUGCGGCGCCGCGGUCCGCCGCCGCCACAGCCUUCGCCGCCUGAUGCGGCGACGGCGGUGGCCACCGCUGCGCAGCGCGAGUCGUUGUUAGCUCAGCUGAAGCUCAUCUCGCCAGAGCAGAUGGCGGCGCUGCCGGCGGAGCAGCGGGCGCAGGUGGAGGCCCUGCUCAGGGCGCAGUAGAGUGCGCGUGUGGCCAAAGAGAUGCAGGCCAGCCUGAGUCCCGUCUAGCGUGGCCCGCCGAGGCUGAGCGGCAGCGUCCAAAUACGUUAUAACGCACCGCAGCGUAGUGCGUACCUGACUGAGUGUGUUGAG